UGCUGUCAUCAGGGGCCUUUCCGUCAUUUCGUUACCCUUUUCUCUAGGGUUUUUGUGUCUGUCCCCUGACCGCCCUCUCACUCCCAGUCGGUUCUCUUCUCACUCUCAUAUUUAUUUUUUGCAUUUUUUUUCUUUCCUCAUUUUCAUUAGCACAUUUUUAGCUUUUCUUUUCUUUUGGGUUUCUGGGUUUUGUUCUUUGAGAGAAAAAGUUCUCUCCUUUCCUCUUUUCUUAUUUUCAAUGAAAUGAUAAAGGUUUCUGAUAGUUACAAAUUUGUUAUAUCUUUGUCCUUCAAGCUCGAGUAGCCUUCUGUUUUCCUUUGCCAUUCUGUUUUAAUCAAAGAUUUUCAAAGAGUUGCUUCAUGGGUGUAAUGGAUCUGAGAGGAAAGAAAUCAUUGGGUGAAGAUAUGAUGAGUGGGAAUAACAAGAAGUCUUGUACUGAUUGCAAGACCACAAAGACACCUCUUUGGAGAGGUGGUCCUGCUGGCCCCAAGUCACUGUGCAAUGCAUGUGGGAUCAGAUACAGGAAAAAAACAAAAGCAAUGUUGGGUUUGAAGAGAGGAUCAGAGAAGAAGAAGAAAGAGAGAUCACAAUCAUCACACAGCACAAUUACAACCAGCUCUGCUUCUAUUGCUACAACUGAUAAUGUUGGUGAAAGUAAGAAGCCCAGUGGCAAAUUUAAUGGGUUGAGUGAGACUACGGAGAUGAGAUUAUUUGCUUUGGGAAGUGAGGUUUUGCUGCAAAGAUCAUCAUCAACAACAACAAAUUCUUCAUUAUCAUUAUCUGGGGUGGUGAAGAAGCAAAGGUGCCAAAGGAGAAGGAAGUUGGGAGAGGAAGAACAAGCUGCUUUUUCUUUGAUGGCAUUGUCCUGUGGCUCAGUUUUUGCUUGAUAUGAGACACAGGCAAGAAACCAAAAGUGGGGGUUACAAAAAAACCCUAACCAACACAGCUUUUUUUUUUUUUUUUCUAGUUUUGCCUUUUGUUUCUUUUUAGCGAAAUGAAAAUACCCUAGUUCUUGACUGCUGUUUUGUUCUUUUUUUCCUUUGGAGAAUUGAGGGGAAGAAAGAAUAAAAAAAGGAGAGAGAAGCAGAGGAAAGUAAUGUUUUUGUGGAUGGAUUGAUCAUGGCUCAAUCGUAAUGUAAAUAGUUAGCAGCUUCGGAAUCAAUGAACAAAUGAAAUUUUUAUCUUUUAAGUGGGCAUUGCAGUCAUUUCAUUCGUACUACGAUAUCUUAUCCAAGCAAUUUAAC